GGAUGGGAACUUGAAGUUUUGGGAGGUCUUUCCCUUUAAGAGGCAGAUGGAUGUAAAGACCAAUAAGUGCUCAGUAGUAUUCUGCAGCAGCCAACUGGGUCGUCGUCUCUCGGAGUUGUAAAGAUCUAUCCAAGAAAGUUACGCACAGGUUGACACUCUGCCGAGGAGGGAGGAAAGUGCAAGGAGCGUGUUUAGUCUGCAGGAUAAAGAACACACUGCGAGUUUAAAACUCUCUGCAACCCGGAAUUAAGAAGACCAUGGUCCUCCUCUCAGCACAAAGACUACACUUAGUGCCCAGAGGAAGUCGGACGCAUCAGAGCUGUGGAUCUCCUCAGUGGAUGGACUGAAUGCGCGCAGAAGGAGAGCAGAGCUGCAGCAGAGAAGACGAAAAGGAAAAGGCCAGUGUGUGUUUUCAUUAUCCGGCCCGGAUCGAGGAAUGUUGGGCCGAAGUGGAGGAGCUCCUCGGGGGUGCAACAACCCCAGCCUGCUGCCCCUCAGAGCCACGGUCCCGUACCAGCUCCAGAGGGGCUCUGCUCUCCUCUGCAGGGAGGUCAAGACGGCAGACAAGACCUCAGCUCGCCCACCUAAACCCACCAUCCGCCGCACCCUCUCUCUGGACGCCAUCGUCGGACCCUACCUGCAGGGACAGUGGCCCAAAGAAGCAGAGACCACAGCUGUUUCCUGUGUCAACGACAAAGCCACACAGACUCCGAGCUCCUGGGCCGAUGAGACCCGAGGGAGGAGAAGCUCCGUUGGACACAAGCGCUCAGCGUCAUGGGGCAGCGCGGAGCACCUCAGGGAGGUGGCAAAGCUGAGGCACCAGUUGCAGAAGCGUUCCCGCCACGCCCCUCCCCCGGCUGGAUGUGAUCUCACACGCCACCACCCCCUGCCAGGGGGUCACGGAGCGGGCAUCUCCCAGACGGUGCCCCUGAUACCUCUGAACAGACUCGCCUCACGCCUGAGACGAAGUGUUGAAGGCCUGAACUUGGAGCUGGAGGAAGUGUUUGUCUCUGAGAAACCCAGCGAUCAGCAUGAGAUCUUGGAUAUCCCAGAUGGCCACAGGGCCCCAAAUCCAGCCCAGAGGUGCAGCAGUGGCUCCCAGAGUGAGCCCUCUCCAGGCCCCCUGGAUCCGUCCCUCCUCUCUCCCUCUCACUCCCCCUGUCCUCUAGAUCCUUCACUUCUGUCGCCUUCAAACUCCCCCUGUCCUCUGAACCCAUCUCUUUUGUCUCCGUCACAGUCUCCCUGUCCCAUUGGAGAACCAGAGCCAGCGCACUGUGGGCCCCUGCGUCUCUCCCCAUCUAUGUCUCUUCCUUUAUUUGCCCUGGAUCCCCCGCUGAUGCAGCCCUGCUCCUCUUCUUCUUGUGCCACCAAAACCUGCUCCUUCCAGAGACAGCCACCAGAGGGCUGUGAGAGAAUACGAGUAUGCGAAGAGGCAAUAUCUGCUGCCUGUCAGGAUGAGCCUCUCCUCCAGCCAUCCUGCCCUGACCCCAAUAAAGUUAACUUCACCCCCCACGGAGGCUCUGCUUUCUGCCCCGUCAGUCUUCUGAAGCCCCUCCUGCCCUCCAUGGACCUCCUCUUCCGGGGCCUGUCAGUCUCUCCAGUCACCGGAUGCCCAGGUCAGGCAUCUCCCACCAGGCACCUGGGCAUGCAGUAGGCGGAUAUGUGAGCUCCUUCUCUGGACUAAACCACACUGCACUGCCAGGGCUUGCAACAACUGGACAUAUUUUAUGUGCAAGAUGCCUGUGUUCACCUGGAUCAUCUCCACUGUACUUUUAUGAUCAAUGAGAUCACAUUAAGAGACUAUGUGACUGUAAGCAUUGUUGACAUCAUACUUGAUCUUUGGCCUGAAACGUGGCUGCUUUACUGAUAGUUUCCCCCCGUGGGAAGCUUGGACUGAUCUGAUGUUUACCUUAUUCAACACUUGAAACAAACCAACACAAGGAUUGCUAUGGACUUGUUAUACUUCAGGGUUGGGAAAAUGCUUUCAAAAUGUUGUGAUUAUUGAGUUUGGACAUUGUUCUUCUAGGUUAAAUUAAAUGUUUUUCAUUUGUAUCAGCAGUUCUGACAAAGACUGCAGUCAGGUUGAGAUGUUUUCAUUUUUAAUGUCAGAUAAAGUGAAUUAAUGGCUCAGAAAUCAAAGCACUUGGAACAUUCAAGUAUUGCUUUCUUACUACCCUUAUCCAUCGACUUAUAUCAAAGUAGAGCACUGUUAUAGUUACAAGAACUUUCAUUUCAAGGGACUUUAUUGCUAAAGUUUAAGUAGUUGCUCCUGAAAUUAAUUAAAUCUGUUGGUUAAAGAGAAUAUUUUUGUUUGUAGCGAUCUACUUCCCUACUGAUGCAUUUUUACUAGGACGUAAAAACAAGAUAUAUGCAUUUUGUAUCUUUUUAAGCAGUUAUAAGUCUAGUGAUACUGUUUUUGUAUGCACUGAUGAAAACAUUUUGAUUGCAUAGUAUUUUGGUGCUUUCAUUGCAGUAACAGAUGUAAAGCUUUACUCCUCUGCAGCAGGCUGUUUUUACAAAACUGCUAUAAUUUUGUAAACUUUGAAUGAAUAUCAGUUUUUCUUCAACACAAGCUUAUUUUUAUACCAAGUGGUUCUGUAAAGAAAGUGCUAAUGUCCGAAUAUUCUCUCUGCCUAUGAUAUACUUAAUUACUGUUCCAGUGGCUUAAAUGCUGUUUUUAUCAGUAUUAUCUUAUGCAAAAAUGAUUAAAAUUGUAUUUUUUGUC